GACCCUGCACACUAUUUUGGUGCACCCGGUCUCUCAUUUGAUGCAAUGUUGAAAUACACCGGUGUUUCUAUCGAACUCUUCACAGACGUGGAUAUGCUGAUGAUUGCAGAAAAAGGAAUACGUGGUGGUGUGAGUCAAAUAAAUAAGCGAUAUACGAAGGCGAAUAAUAAAUAUAUGGACAACGAGUUUGAUCCUACAAAGGAAACUUCAUAUCUACUGUAUUUGGAUGCCAACAACUUGUAUGGACAUGCUAUGUCUCAACGGUUGCCAAUUGGAGAAUAUGAGUGGACGUCUGAGAGUGAAAUCAAACGUAAUUUCAAUUCAUCUGACCAUCAAAAAAAUGUAACGUCAAUUUUAAAUUUAAAAAACGACUCGGAUACAGGUUACAUAUUUGAAGUUGAUUUAGAGUACCCACAAGAACUUCAUGAUAAGCAUAAUGAUUAUCCAUUUUGUCCCGAGCGUCGAAUAAUACCUGGUAUAUCAAAGAAUGAGAAGUUAUUGUUAACUUUUUAUGAUAAGAAAAAUUAUAUCAUUCAUUAUUCAAUGUUGAAGCUAGCUCUCGAACAUGGUUUGUUAUUGAAAAAAGUUCAUCGGGUGCUUCAGUUCAAACAAUGCGCUUGGUUGAAGCCAUAUAUUGAUUUGAACACGAAACUUCGUGCUCAAGCCAAUAACGAUUUUGAAAAAGAUUUCUAUAAAUUAUUAAAUAACGCAAUCUAUGGGAAAACCAUGGAAAAUCUACGUUUGCGUUCAGACAUUAGGUUAGUAAAUAAAUGGUAUGGUGGCGGUAAAAAUUGUGGAAGGAAUUUAAUUGCACAACCUAAUUUAAAAAAAUGUACAAUCUUCGAAGAAGAUUUAGCAGCUAUUGAACUACACAAAUCGUGUAUAUUAAUGAACAAACCAAUCGUUGUAGGAAUGUGCAUUUUAGAAUUAUCAAAACUAUUAAUGUAUAAAUUCUUAUACAAUUACUUGAAACCGAAGUACGGACCCAAUAUUUUAUUGAUAUACACGGACACAGACUCGUUUAUCCUCGAGAUAAAGACGAAUGAUGUAUACGCAGACAUUCGCGAUGAGCCCAAUGAGUUUGAUACUUGGGAUUACCCCGAGGGAAAUAUUUACGGUAUUAAACGUCAUAACAAAAAAGUCGUUGGAAAGUUCAAAGAUGAGCUGAAUGGUGAAAUUGUGACUGAAGUUGUUGGAAUGCGCUCAAAAUGUUAUGCUGUGCGCACAAAAAUUGACAAAAACAAAAAAGAUAAAGGUGUUAGGCAACAUGUUAUAAAAAAAGCUAAAGGUGUAAAGAAAAAUGUACUGAAAAAUCAUAUUUCAUUUGAGGAUUAUUAUAAUUGCAUAAAAAAUAAUUCUAUUGAAAUGAGAAAGCAAAAUUCGAUUCGUUCGAUAAAACAUGAAAUAUACACCAUUUCAAUGCAAAAGAUUGCACUGAAUCCGUUUGACGAUAAACGAUAUAUGAUUAAGCCAGAUGGUAUUGAUACGCUCGCUUGGGGUCACUAUAAACUCGAUUCUGAAAAAAUGACUAGUGAAUAUCAAUAUGUAUCAGAUAUUGCAGAAAGUAUGAAGGGGAUUUUGAAAUAAUAAUCAUAAUAAUAAUACAGACAUGUAAACAUUUUUUAUUCAAUAAAAGAAAUAUUUCAAUAAAAUCACAAUUUUCUUAUUAUCUAGAAAAAAAAAUCCAAUUUUAAUGAGCAAUUCUUCCAACCUUUGUUUUCUUAAUUCAAAUCGAUGUCUAUCUAAAACGUUGCUUAUCCAAUUACUUUUCCGUGCUUCACGAUAUGCGAAUGACCAAACAUGCAUAUUUAGAAUUUUGUCAAUCGAUUCAAACCUCACUUUUUUCAUCUUCUUAUUAAUUAAUUUAUUCAUUUAUUUAACUUUUCAAUGUUGAAACAAUAUAACAUUCUCUGGUCUACGAUGUGCAAAUUUCUCCAGUGCAGCUGUUUCGUAUUCGAUGAGACGUUCAAAUACUGGACAUGUUUUGCAAGUACAUAUAUCCCAUUUGGAAUUACAUGUAAACGGAUUUUUAUUGACGGAAAAAACAUCUACAUCUGCUAAUGGUGUAGUCUUUACAAGACCGAAUGCUGUCACUGGUCCUAUAGUCAAUCUAUGAAUUCCAAAUUUGAUUUUAAAAUCACCAUCGAAUGGUAACUGUUUAAUACUCAAUACACUUUCAUUUAAUUUUUGCACAUCUGAUUUGCUUGCGGUGGGCAAUAUCGCUUGUGGGAUUUGGAGCGCAUAUAAUUUACU